ACAAGGGUGCCAAGGUUACUGGCCUAAGGACCUAUUAGCCUGUUGGGUAUGAUAAACUACAAAUACCAAUUUCGCUCAACCACGAUGUUAUUUGCCAACAAUAAAAAAUGUAUACUUGAAUGGGGUAUUGCGUGUCGACGCGUUGCCAUAGCAACGUUUAUUCACAACACACCUAACACUACAACAUAAACUGAUUUAGAAUCGGCUGUAAUUUUAAUUAUUUAGAUUAUUGUGUGUGAGAUCUAAUAAAGAGAUGAAAUCAACAUGCGGCUAAUUAGCCAUCCCUAGUUGAAUCAAUAUGUGGUCGUCAAGGACGCGCAUCCUGUUACUGUUGCUGGGAGCGAUUUCUGGAACUUUCGGCAAGUGGGUACAAGGAUCGCUUGAUACGAAAGAGAAUUGGGCAUUCCUUGCCCGUUUCUGCUUUCUAUCUCUCGAAGGGCAGUUUGAGUAUCUCAUAGAGUAUGACAAGGAGAUGGGAAUACCGAAUCUACUGCUGUACUAUGAUGACGAUAGCCAGUGGCCUGCAGUGUACCAUAGCAGCAAGACAUGCAAGGAACGUGAGGCAGUGUUGAACAAAGUUGGCCAGAAUCAGAUCAUCAAGUUAUCCCACUGGUAUCCUGAAACAGAGUAUUCGGGAUGUAUCGUAACAAGAGCCAAUAAAGAGUUGCCAGCUUCCAAAAGCGUAACAACGACACAAAAACCAACAGUAAACCCGUUUCUUAAAUCAAAGAACAAUACCACAAAAUCGGAGGCACCCCAUGACCCGUUAUACUACGACCAAUUUUUAAAAACUACUGCAAAACCAAAGUCUACCACUAUCCAUACAAAAUCUACGACAGCACGGAUAAAUACUACUGCGUGGUACGAAUUGUUGCCAACUGAUGACUUGAAUUUUACUACCGCGUUUCCGGAAGAUGAAUUAUGGGAGCAUAUUGGUCCCGAAGUUAGUUUAAAUAAGUCAGAGAAUUUAAAAGACGUGGAGAUUUUGUUUGAAAAUAAUAAAAAUGGGCAAAGAAUAAAAAGAUCAAAUUUCGAGCUGAUAGAGAGGUAUCGUCGAAGGCGUUUAAAUUCCGAAUCACAUGGUUCUAACGGUAGACGAAGUGAGAAAAUGGAGAAGCUUCUCGUGUCUUGUCAUAACACUAGGAGAUUCAGAUCAGCCAGAGAGAGAUGGUGGUUCAUCGCUAUCAGCAACUGUGAUAGUCCGAAGGGUUUAGAAAUAAAAUACAAAUUUCUGAUGACGAAUGCGCCUGACGGUGAUUUCUGGCACACGCAUUUCUCUGCUGACGAAUUUUACGUACUGCCAAUACUUCUAGCUUACACCUUCGCCUACGUCAUAGUUAUGGUGGCAGUAGUGAUGUGCAGUGUGGAGCUAAAGUCACGACACCUCCUACACACUACUUACAAGUUGUUCUUGGUAUCGAUCGUGACCCAACACUCAGGAGUCAUGAUGCAGACUCUCGCUUAUAUAAAAUACGCCGCGAAUGGAGUCGGGAGUCCAAGUACUGUUGUUAUUGGCCAGUUCCUGUGCGGAGUUUCGGAGAUGACGUUUCUCCUCCUCCUGGUGUUGAUGGCGAAAGGUUACACCAUAACAAGGGGUCGGUUAAAAAUCGGUUUCACUGUAAAACUGACCGUUUUUAUGUGCUGUUAUGUGGUCACUUACAUCGUGCUGUUCAUAUACCAGGCUAAGGCUUUCGACCCCGGCGAAGUGUUAUAUCUAUACGAGAGUCCGCCUGGCUACGGGCUGAUUGUAAUGAGAGUGUUGGCGUGGUGUGUGUUCGCGUAUUCCACCUUUUUCACUGUCAGAAAGUACAUUGAAAAGACCAUGUUCUACUGCCCGUUUUUCAUUUGCGGCACUCUGUGGUUCUUCGCCGGCCCUUUGUUUAUACUCACCGCUAAUUCUUAUAUAGAUAAGUGGGUGCGUGAAAGUGUAGUAACUACGGUGUUGCUUUUCAUUGCGUUUAGCGGACACGUCAUGUUCCUGAUGCUGACGUUACCAGUUUUCGCUAAUAAGAACUUCCCAUACCACGUGAGGACUACGCAAAUAGGAGUUAUGGAGGUGACAGGCAGUACCACAAUAGACAGCUUCGGUCAUAACCCCUAUCAGCCUAGCAAUGGCGCUGCGCAAACUGUUAUCAUUCCCUUAACUAGGCGCACAGAAGAACUCAUAGGCAAUAUGUAUAGCCAAUACAUGGCCACAGCCCCACCAAUAUCUUUAGAAAACGAGACUCCAAAACUAAACGGAGUUCAAAAACGAGUAGAAGCUAAAAAAUACCUUGUCUCUCAAGAAAGCACCGAAACUAACACAUCAGAUGAUAUUCGACCUUCUGUCUCAGAGGACAAGGAAAUAUUUACCGUAGAAAAUCAAAUUUCGAAAAUGGAAAACGGCAAUGCGAUGUUGCCACCGAAUAUUAAUCCUACUAAUGUGAUAGAAAAUGGUAGUUUAAAGGCUACUAAUUCUAUGGAUAAAGAUAAGAUGUUGCCAGAAAUUAAAAAUGCAACUAAAUCAUUAGAUGGAAGCCUACCUGAUCUUGAUGAUUCUAGAGGCGAUUUGCCGAACAUUAUGCGGUCUAGACGGAAUAUUCUAGAACCUAUAAAAAGAGAAGAACCGUCUGUGCCUUCAUGGUCACUUGCAAAAGGACCAUGUGUAGUUAGUAUGCAAAGGAAGACAAGUAUUGACAAAACAGUUUCAGACGUUCCAGAAGCGAAUGGAACACAAAACGGCAAAAAAGUACCAUCAGUGAGAAAUGGGUUGCCAAGCUCCGGCGAAAUUUCUACCAUACACGAAGGUCAUAUACAAAGUUUUCAAAGUACAGUUAGUAAAGCUACUAUAGACCUUUUUAAUGCUAAUAGUAAUAAAGGAUAGUCAUUUGAUUACAUAUUUAUUUUUUAAGAAUACUCUUACAGGAAGAAUAAUAAUUGAAUCAACAAAUAAUAAUUGGUGUAUUUUCUUAAUUAGACAUCGAUUCCACAAUGAGCGAUCAGUUGAAAGAUUCGAAUUUGCAGCUAAAAGUUUUUAUGGGUAAAGUGGCAACGACAACUGAAGCUGUCAACCAAAGCCGAGUUGAGUAAUAAAUAGCAAAUAGAACGAAAAAAAAUUAUAUAUUCGCUCAUUUGAUCUAAGUUCAUGGGGCAGACGUACGAAUUUUCUAUAAUAGCCCACAAACAACUUAGGACUCGUGGUGGGGAAUAUUUUUUGUACUUAAUGGUAUACAAAUGUACUUGUAUAUGUGAAUGUUAGUAAACUUCUAUUUACGUCCAAAAAGCCUUCUCCACUAAGCGGUAGUGUUCAAGUUGUUUGCCGGCAUUAUACGAUCCUAUUGGGUAGUAUUUACAAAUUUAUCUUCGCUCUGCUUGGCAGGAAACAUUCAAUUAUUAAUCUUUACGUUAAUACUCAUUUAUGAAUGUGUGUAAUUCUAGUCUAUACAAAUAAAUAAUGUGGGAUA